CGGCGGCAGCGGCGGUGGCGGCGGCGGCUGAGGUCGGGGGGGGGCGGGAAAUGUCUCGAAGCUCGGCGGCCGUGGCGGCUCGGGCUGUGCUAGCGGCGGAGGCUCGGGGGGCUUAAGGUCUUUAUAUUUUGGAAGCUACAAGAUUCGAAGAAAGUUUGGUCUUUCAAGUGGUCAUGGCUCAGAUUUCCAGCAAUAGUGGAUUUAAGCAGUGUUCAUCUUCACAUCUGGAACACACAAGAACAAAAGAGGUAGACAAAGAAGAAGCAUUACAGAUGGAAGCAGAGGCUUUGGCUAAACUGCAAAGGGAUAGACAAGUCACUGAUAAUCCAGCGGGCUUCACGUUGUCAAAUAGCACCAAACAAAAAGCACAAGUUUAUAACAAACAGGAUGAUCUCAUGGUGUUUCCUGAAUCAGACACCCAAAAAAGAGCAGUGGAUAUUGAUGUCGAAAAGCUCACCCAAGCAGAACUGGAGAAACUAUUGCUGGACGACAGUUUCGAGACUAGGAGAACACCUGUCUUGCCAGUCACUCCUGUUCUGAGCCCUUCAUUUUCAGCACAGCUCUAUCUUAGACCAGCUCUUCAGAGAGGACAGUGGCCACCUGGAUUGUCUGGACCUGCCACUUACACUUUACCUUCUAUUUAUCCGUCAACUUACAGUAGUAAACAGACUGCAUUCCAGAAUGGCUUAAGUCCCGGGAUGCCCACCACUUUUCCUUCUAACGAGCCAUUAUAUUUAAGUCUUCCGGGACAGUCUCCGUACUUUUCAUAUCCUUUGACACCAGCCGCUCCUUUUCAUCCACAAGCAAGCUUACCUAUCUACCGCCCAGUGGUCAGUCCUGACAUGGCAAAGCUGUUUGACAAAAUAGCUAGCACCUCCGAAUUUUUAAAAAAUGGAAAAGCCAGGACUGAUUUGGAGAUCAAUUCAAAAGCUACAAUGAGCAAUCUUCAGGUAUCUCCGAAGUCUGAAGAUAUUAGUAAAUUUGACUGGUUAGACUUGGAUCCUCUCAGUAAGCCGAAGGUAGACAAUGUGGAAGUGUUGGAACAUGAAGAAGAGAAAAUUGUGUCCGGUUUGCUAGCGGAGGAUCCCUGGGAGGCUGUUCUUCUUGAAGAGAGAUCACUAGCAAAUAGUAACCAUGAAAGAAAGGUGAAUGGAAAAUCUCUUUCUGGAGCAACUGUAACAAGAAGCCAAUCUUUAAAUAUUCGAACAACUCAGCUUACAAAAGUCCAGGGCCAAAUAUCUCAGAAAGAUCCAAAUGGGACCAGUAAUUUGCUGACUGGAAGAUCUUGUCGACGAGAAAUUGAAGUACAGAAUGGAGAGGUUACAGCUUUUUGUCAGUCCAUUACAGAAUUGAAAACCAACUUUCCAUAUACCAACCGCCACACAAACCCAGGCUACUUGUUAAGCCCUGUCACAGUGCAAAGAAAUGUAUGCGGAGAGAAUGCUAGCGUGAAGGUCUCCAUUGAAAUUGAAGGGUUUCAACUGCCAGUUACUUUCACAUGUGAUGUGAGUUCUACUGUAGAAAUCAUCAUAAUGCAAGCCCUUUGCUGGGUCCACGAUGACUUAAAUCUAGUAGAUGUUGGUGACUAUGUUCUGAAAGUUUGUGGUCAAGAGGAAGCGCUGCAGAAUAAUCAUUGCCUUGGAAGUCAUGAACAUAUUCAAAACUGUCGAAAAUGGGAUUCAGAAAUUAAACUACAGCUCUUAACCUUCAAUGCCAUGUGCCAAAAUUUGGCUCGAACUGCAGAGGAUGAUGAAACACCUGUGGAUUUAAACAAACACCUUCAGCAAAUAGAGAAACCUUACAAAGAAGUCGUGACAAGACACCCCAUUGAAGAACUGUUAGAUGCUUAUCACAACCAAGUGGAACUGAUUCUUCAACUGGAGAACCAGCACCGAGCUGUAGAUCAGGUAAUUAAAGCUGUAAGAAAAAUCUGCAGUGCUUUGGAUGGUGUCGAGACUCUUGCCAUUACCGAAUCAAUAAAGAGGCUAAAGAGAGCAGUUAAUCUUCCACGGAGUAAAAGUUCUGGCGUGACUUCAUUGUCUGGAGAAGGAGACAGUAGCAGGAAUUCAUCCCAGGGCUCAACGAACCCUGAAAAUCCUAUUCAAAUAAGCCUGGACCAGUUAACAGCAGCAAUUUAUGAUCUUCUCAAACUCCAUGCCAAUUCUGGUUGGAAUCCUGCAGAUUGUGCCCAGAGUGACAGAAAUGUCAAGGAAGCAUGGACCACCACAGAACAACUCCAGUUUACUGUUUUUGCUGCACAUGGGAUUUCAAGUAACUGGGUAUCAAAUUACGAAAAAUACUACUUGAUAUGUUCCCUGUCUCACAAUGGAAAGGAUCUUUUUAAACCUAUUCAAUCAAAGAAGGUUGGCACUUAUAAGAAUUUCUUCUAUCUUAUUAAAUGGGAUGAACUAAUCAUUUUUCCCAUCCAGAUAUCACAGUUGCCAUUAGAAUCACUUCUUCACCUCACUCUUUUUGGAAUUUUAAAUCAAAGCAGUGGAAGUUCCCCUGACUCUAAUAAGCAGAGGAAGGGACCAGAAACUUUGGGCAAAGUUUCUUUACCUCUUUUUGACUUUAAGCGGUUUUUAACAUGUGGAACUAAGCUUCUGUAUCUUUGGACUUCAUCACAUACGAAUCCUGUUUCUGGAACAAUUCCCAAAAAAGGAUAUGUGAUGGAAAGAAUAGUGUUACAGGUUGAUUUUCCUUCUCCUACAUUUGACAUCAUUUAUACUACUCCACAAGUUGACAAAAGUAUCAUGCAGCAACACAACUUAGAAACACUGGAGAAUGAUAUCAAAGGAAAACUUCUUGAUAUUCUUCACAGAGACUCAUCUUUUGGACUUUCUAAAGAAGAUAAGGCAUUUUUAUGGGAUAAACGUUAUUAUUGUCUAAAACAUCCAAAUUGUCUUCCUAAAGUACUAGCAAGUGCCCCAAACUGGAAAUGGGCUAAUCUUAAGAAAACAUACACAUUGCUUCAACAGUGGCCUCCACUGCACCCAUUGACUGCAUUCGAGCUUCUCGAUUCAAAAUUUGCCGAUCAGGAAGUGAGGUCUCUGGCUGUGAACUGGAUUGAGGCCAUUAGUGAUGAUGAGCUUACAGAUCUUCUUCCACAAUUUGUACAGGCUUUGAAAUAUGAAAUUUAUCUGAAUAGUUCUUUAUUACGCUUUCUUCUGUCCAGAGCUUUGGGAAAUAUACGUAUAGCACACAGUUUAUAUUGGCUUCUCAAGGAUGCACUGCAUGACGCACACUUUGGAGCUCGGUAUGAGCUUGUUUUGGGUGCUCUACUCUCAGUAGGAGGAAAAAGACUCAGAGAAGAACUUUUGAAGCAGACAAAACUUGUGCAGCUUUUAGGAGGAGUAGCAGAGAAAGUAAGGCAAGCUAGUGGAUCUACCAGACAGGUGGUUCUCCAAAGAAGUAUGGAAAGAGUACAGACCUUUUUCCAAAAAAAUAAAUGCCGUCUCCCUCUAAAUCCAAGUCUUGUGGCAAAAGAAUUAAAUAUUAAGUCUUGUUCCUUCUUCAGUUCUAAUGCUGUGCCCUUGAAAGUUGCAAUGGUAAAUGCUGAUCCGUUGGGGGAAGAAAUCAAUGUCAUGUUUAAGGUUGGUGAAGAUCUUCGGCAGGAUAUGUUAGCUUUACAGAUGAUAAAGAUUAUGGACAAGAUCUGGCUUAAAGAGGGACUAGAUUUGAGGAUGGUUAUUUUCAAAUGUCUCUCUACUGGCAGAGAUCGAGGCAUGGUGGAGCUUGUUCCUGCUUCAGAUACUCUCAGGAAAAUCCAAGUGGAAUAUGGUGUGACAGGAUCCUUUAAAGAUAAGCCCCUUGCAGAGUGGCUGAGAAAAUACAAUCCCUCUGAAGAGGAAUAUGAAAAGGCAUCUGAGAAUUUUAUCUAUUCUUGUGCUGGGUGCUGUGUAGCCACCUAUGUUUUAGGCAUCUGUGAUCGACACAAUGACAAUAUAAUGCUGCGAAGCACAGGACACAUGUUCCACAUUGACUUUGGGAAGUUUUUGGGCCAUGCACAGAUGUUUGGUAGCUUCAAAAGGGAUCGGGCUCCAUUCGUACUGACCUCUGAUAUGGCAUAUGUCAUCAAUGGGGGUGAAAAGCCUACCAUUCGUUUCCAGUUGUUUGUGGACCUCUGCUGUCAGGCCUACAACUUGAUAAGAAAACAGACAAACCUCUUUCUAAACCUCCUUUCACUGAUGAUUCCUUCAGGGUUACCAGAACUUACAAGUAUUCAGGAUUUAAAAUAUGUUAGAGAUGCCCUUCAGCCACAAACUACAGAUGCAGAAGCUACUAUUUUCUUUACCAGGUUGAUUGAAUCCAGUUUGGGAAGCAUCGCCACGAAGUUUAACUUCUUCAUUCACAACCUUGCUCAGUUGCGUUUUUCUGGUCUUCCUUCUAAUGAUGAGCCCAUUCUUUCAUUUUCACCAAAAACAUUCUCCUUUAGACAAGAUGGUCGAAUCAAGGAAGUCUCUGUUUUCACUUACCAUAAGAAAUACAAUCCAGAUAAACAUUAUAUUUAUGUGGUUCGAAUUUUGAGGGAAGGACAGCUUGAACCAUCGUUUGUGUUCCGGACAUUUGACGAGUUUCAGGAGCUUCACAAUAAGCUCAGUAUUAUUUUCCCUCUCUGGAAGCUUCCAGGCUUUCCCAAUAGGAUGGUUCUCGGAAGAACACACAUAAAAGAUGUAGCAGCCAAAAGAAAAAUUGAGUUAAACAGUUAUUUGCAGAGUUUGAUGAGUGCCUCAACAGAUGUAGCAGAGUGUGAUCUAGUUUGUACUUUUUUCCACCCUUUACUUCGUGACGAGAAAGCUGAAGGAAUAGCUAGAUCUGCAGGUGCAGGGCUCUUCAGUCCUACUCCAGGCCAGAUAGGAGGAGCAGUGAAAUUAUCUGUCUCUUACCGAAAUAACACUCUUUUCAUCAUGGUGAUGCACAUCAAAGAUCUUGUUACUGAAGAUGGCGCUGACCCAAAUCCAUACGUCAAAACAUACCUGCUUCCAGAUCCCCAUAAAACGUCCAAACGUAAAACCAAAAUUUCACGAAAGACUCGGAACCCAACAUUCAAUGAGAUGCUUGUGUACAGUGGAUACAGUAAAGAAACUCUAAGACAGAGAGAACUUCAACUAAGUGUACUCAGUGCGGAAUCUCUGCGAGAGAAUUUCUUCUUGGGUGGAAUAACACUGCCUUUGAAAGAUUUCAAUCUGAGCAAAGAAACGGUGAAGUGGUAUCAGCUGGCAGCAGCAACAUAUUUAUAAGCUAGUGAAUUUCUGGGCUUUGGAAGCAAGAACAGUUAUAACCAUGUGCACAUAUGGAUACUUGUGAACUUUGUAUAGUAUUUUUAUACUUGGACAGAAACCAUAAAGUAAAAGUACUUGCUGCAUUUCAGUACAUCUGUUGGACCAACAGUCACAUAACUUUGAUUGAUUCAUUUGUUCUGUUUUAAAACCAUUGCUGUUCUGUUUUAAAAAUCAAUAUGUAGAAUGCUGUAAAUCCUAUACUUAUAUAAUAUAUAAGUCCUGGAAAGACCUUGAGUUGGUGAAGAAUUUAAUCAUUUCUUUAACAAGAAAAAUAGCUUUAGUUUGGUCUGAUGUUACUGUCAGGUAUACCAUCUAUUUUGCAUUGUUUCAUCAAGACAAAGCACGUUUAUUUCCCUGUUCACCUUUCACAACCUUCACCACUGUAUAUGUUUGCGAACACCAAAGGAAAGAAGGUGCAGGUUGUUACCAGAAAAUACAGCUGCUAUUCACAGGGCUGGAGAGCAAAAGCACAAGUAGUAGACUGACUGCUAAAAACUACUAAGUAGUUCAUAGAAGUUAGGGAAAAAUAAUACUGCUUUUUAUUCAUGUCUUUAAAGCCUUUUUCAGAAGAAGUGCCAAUCACUGAAGUUGUAAAUAUUGGUGCCUUAACUUCUUAGAGUUCCUUGGCACUUCAGUCUGAUUUUUUUCCUUGACUUAAUCAUUAGAAAGUAGUUUUCACUUAAUGUCAACUUACAAAACCAAGAAACUCUAUAAAUAUUUACUGAUGCUUUUCUUUCAGAAAGAUCAGUUUCUCUAUUUCUGAUGUAUGAUUUCAUUAUUUAAACAAUCACCUAUUUAUAUAUAUAUUUUUUGUUACUCAGUAAUUGAAUGAGAUCCACUGAUGUGGCUGUACACUAAAUUUCACCAUUCCAUUGUAAUUCUACGUUUUUUUUUCCAGGAGUGUGAGUUUGAUGGUUUCACCUCCAUAUAUUUGUAUUCCACUCUCACUCAAUAUGUGAAAAUUGUUGAUCCACGUGCCCAUUCCUAUUUGCAAGGAAAAACACUAUGAGUAAGGCAGCUUCAUAAGAGACCUAGAAUAAAAAUUCUAGGGUCCAGAAGGAGUUUUAAUGUAGGAUUUUUGGUAAAGUUGUCUUGUAAACUCUCUUACUUGCAUUUGUUAAAUAUUGUGCAUUUAUAUGAAUUUCUUAAUGUAAUGGGAUUCAGAAUCAUAAAGGACAUUAUUGAAAUUAUGCUAACCAUUAAUGAGAUUCUUUUAUUUUUUGGUUACUUUAUACAGGUUUGUGUUCCUAUUGGAUAAACAUGUAGAUAUAAUAUUAAUUCUUGUGGUUAGACUAGAAAGCCACACAUUUUUUUUGUUUGUUUGGUUUUGGUGUUUUGGGCCACACCCAGCGGUGCUCAGGGGCUACUUCUGACACGGUGCUCAGGAGUUGCUCCCCACCAUGCUCGGGAUGCAGUGCCGGGGAUCAAGCUCGAGCCUCCAGCGUGCUUAGCAUGCACACGAGCCCUGUGAGCUAUCUCCGCGCUCCUAAAAGUCAGACCGUCUUUCAGUAGUAAUACAGAUCAUGGAGAUCUAGUUUUUGGGAGAUAAACUGACAAAACAGGCAAAGAUGAGUAGCAGGGGAGAAAGGACAAUCUCCAGUUCUGUUGCUUAAACAGAACUUUUAUGAACUGUGCAAAUAUUUAAAUGGUGAUAGCCCACAGAGCAGAAAUAAGAGUUGAGGAGGUAUCUAUGAGACAGGUUAAAAGGAAAAAAAAAAAAACUUGAAAUUUUUGGUGCCUAACACUAAUGGUCCAUUUGUAGAAGACCCUGUGAGUAUGAUACAUGAAUGUCUUUUAUUUUUAAUGUUAAAUGUGUUGUCUAUUUAAUAAGUUAAUUAAAAUGCAAAUCAAAGUACCACCAUUUAUUUGCUUUUUACAGUUAACAUUUCCUUAAAGUGUGUAAGUAGCUUUGCAAAUGUAAAGAAUACUAGUUGGUUUUUUUUACCUAAGAUUUCAAACCUAAUUCCAUUCCAUAAGUUGUCACUUAGCCACUGUAAAAAAAAAUAGGUAUAAAAUAGGAAAGCAAGACAGUUCUUGGUAA